UGGCUUUGGGAGCGGUGACGCCACAGAGGAGACCUCGCCUUCCCGCUUCCUCGCUGCAGCUUCUGGCUACUAGCUCAGUGGGUGGUAGGCGAGGGCGUGUGGUGUUUGUGCUGUGGAUUUCUGGGGUAAAGAUCUUGCGGGUGCGUGGUUGCUAGCUUGGAAUCCCGAUGGAAGUUUUACAACUGCUGUGAGCAGUAAUAAUCCAACCACCAGCGCACUUCAAGUUUUGGCACCGAUCCAGCAGACUAUGGGGAACCAGUUGGCACCAGUACCACCUUUCCUGCCCCACUUGCAGGCAUUGCAUGUGGUAGUGGUUGGGUUGGAUGCAGCUGGCAAAACAUCUCUACUGUACCGCCUGAAGUUCCAGGAGUUUGUCAAGAGUGCACCCACCAAAGGCUUCAACAUGGAGAAGAUCCGGGUGCCACUGGGGGGCUCUCGCACCAUCACUUUCCAAGUGUGGGAUGUCGGUGGCCAGGAAAAGUUGCGCCCACUCUGGAAAUCCUACAUGCGCCGUACAGAUGGGGUUGUUUUUGUGGUGGACUCGGUAGAGGCUGAGCGGCUGGAGGAGGCUCGUGUGGAGUUGCACAGGAUUGUCCGCUCCUCAGAUAACCAGGGGGUCCCUGUGUUGGUGCUGGCCAACAAACAGGAUGUGGCCCAGGCAAUCUCAGUUGCUGAGGUGGAGAAAUUUCUCAGUUUGCAUGAACUAUGUGGCUCCACUCUGAGCCACAUCCAGGGCUGUAGUGCUGUCAGUGGACUGGGCCUUCAGCAAGGCCUGGAGAAACUCUAUGAAAUGAUUCUUAAACGCAAAAAACUCCUUCGCAACAGCAAGAAGAAGCACUGAGAGGAGACUGGAGAAAUCAAGGGUGUAAGCCUCUCUCAGCAAUUUGGGCAUUUUGCACCUGGACAAAAGUUUACUAUCACCCCCAGGCAUUGAUUCAGAGCAAUAUAUGGUCCAAAACCAGACAGUUUCCUAUUUGAUAGACGUUAAUUUUUGGAGUUGUGGAUUGUUGAACAUCUACAUGUCAUGGACUUAGAGCAUCCUGGUAGCCUCCUCGGACAUUGAAGAGUGUGGGGUUCCCCAAGAGGCUAGCAAUCUGGGGAAGAAGGGGGAAUCUUCCAAAGAGCUGCAGGCUGGGAUUUGGAAACUGUUCCGUACCACCUUCACUUCAACCACAUAAUUUGUUUAUAUCUUUUUUUUAAAAAAAAUGUUGUUAUGGGCCCUUUUCUAGGCUCUUGGGUUUUUUUUGUAGAAAACAGACAUUAAAUUAUUAAACAUAUUGUCUGCAGAGUU